AUGUCCCCCUGGUUGACCUGGCUGACACCGGCCAUUCCCCUGCUACUGCCCUGGCUGGUCAGGGAUGGGUCAGGGAUGGUUCAGGCAACUGUGUGUUCACGGUGGGAUCGUUCGGUUGGUCUGGAUGACCGUGGUCUCUCCCAGGAAGGUGAAGUUGUGAUCGGGGGUCUCAUCCCCUUCCAUAACCUCCCUCCUGCUCCAGACCUGAGCUUCAGCCAACCCCCUGACCUGCAGUCCUGUGUCAAUUUCCAAGAGGAACCAUUGCAAUGGGCACAUGCGCUGGUGUUUGCGGUGGACGAGAUUAACCGUAACCCCUUCCUGCUGCCGGGGAUCCAGCUGGGCUACCGUAUCCUGGACAGCUGUAAUCAGCACCCCUGGAGCCUGCGAGGGGCACUGUCCCUGGUGUCAGGGGGGAACAUCAGAUCACGGCCAUCUAGUGACUGCCCUGUUCCUCUGGUCAUUGGCGAUGCAUCGUCCACUCAGAGCAUCAUCCUGGCCAGGACCCUGGGGCCGCUCUCUGUGCCUGUGAUCAGUUACCAGGCCAGCUGCGGCUGUCUCAGUGACAGACUGGAGUUCCCUAACUUCUUCAGGACCAUCCCCAGUGAUGUCUACCAGGCCCUCACCAUGGCCCGGCUCACCUGGCUGUUGGGAUGGACCUGGGUCGGGGCUGUCGCUGUAGACAAUGACUACGGUCGUCUGGCCAUACAGGUGUUUGAGGAGGAGAUUCGGGGUACGGGGGUGUGCCUGGCAUUCUUUGAGACCCUCAACCGGGCGAACCUGGUGAGGGAUGUGAAGCGAGCAGCAGACACGGUCCAGGCCUCGACAGCACGGGUGAUCCUGGUCUUCCUCUGGUACACUGACAUGGGGGCGUUACUCCUGGAGCUGGGGAGGAGAAACGUGACGGACAGGCAGUUUCUGGCCAGUGAGGCAUGGAGCACCAGCGGACAACUCCUACGAAACCCCGCCCUCUUUAACGUCGCUCAGGGAGUCGUGGGUGUGGCUAUCCGCAGUGCACCUAUUCCUGGCUUUGAGGCCCACCUUCGAAGUCUCCACCCCUCUCGUCGUCCCGGAGAUGUCCUGUUGAAGGAACUCUGGGAAACGGAGUUUGGGUGUAGUCCUGGAGCAGCACAUGGACACAGCACGUCUCUGCUCCCCUCUCCCCUUCCUCCAUCGACCUCCGUGUCACUACCACAAACCCCUCCUCCCACCUCCAGUUCCCCUCGUCCACGCCUGGCCUCCUGCAGUGGGGCAGAGACUCUGGUGGAGGUACAGAGCCCCUUCACAGACACCUCCCAGCUGAGAAUAACCUAUAACGUGUACCUGGCUGUGUAUGCUGCAGCCCACGCCCUCCACAGCCUGCUGUCCUGCUCCCAGAGAGACAGUCCUACCUGGGGCAGUAGCUUCACCUGCUCCCCUCCUCACAACAUCAGCCCAGCGGAGCUGUUGCAGCACCUGAACCAGGUUAACUUCACCACUCCACUUGGGGAGCCGUUCUACUUCCGGGGCGCGGACGUCCCUGCUGUGUACGACCUUGUGAACUGGCAGGCCACGCCCCAGGGGUUGCUCAAACUUGUCACGAUUGGCCGAGUAGACGGGUCCAAUCUCCUCAUCAACCAAUCAGCCAUCCAGUGGAACACAGGAUCUAAUACGGUGCCUGUGUCAGUGUGCAGUGACAGCUGUCCCCCAGGCACCCGUGUAGCCAGGAGGAAGGGGGAGCCUGUCUGCUGCUUCGACUGCAUCUCCUGCGCUGAGGGAGAGGUCAGCAACACCACAGGCUCUAUGCAAUGUGACCGCUGUCCUCUGGAGUUCUGGUCCAACAGCCAUCGGACCGCCUGCGUCCCUCGUCAGCUCGAGUUCCUCUCCUUCAACGACGUCAUGGGCGUCACCCUGACCACUGUUGCCGUGUGCGGCGCUGUGGCAACAGUGGCUGUGUUUAUGUUCUUUGUGUACCACCGCCAUACCCCUCUGGUGCGGGCCAACAACUCGGAGCUGAGCUUCCUGCUUCUCCUGUCACUCAAGCUCUGCUUCCUGUGUUCGUUGGUGUUCAUUGGGCGUCCCUCUGUGUGGGCGUGUCGGAUCCGCCAGGCGGCUUUUGGGGUCAUCUUUGUGCUCUGCCUCUCCUGCCUACUGGUCAAGACCAUUGUGGUUCUGGCUGCGUUCCGCUCAGCCAGGCCCGGUGCUGGGCAGCUGAUGAGGUGGUUUGGACCCGGUCAGCAGAGAGGGAGUGUCUUCCUCUUUACCAGUGUUCAGGUGAUCAUCUGUGCCGUGUGGCUGUCCGUGAGCUCUCCCCUUCCUUACCGUGACCUAGGCCUCAAGGGGUCAAAGGUCAUCCUGGAGUGUGAGGUGGGCUCUGUGGUCGGUUUCUCUCUGGUGCUGGGCUACAUCGGCCUUCUGGCCUGCCUCUGUCUCCUCUUAGCCUUCCUGGCCAGGAAACUCCCAGACAACUUCAACGAGGCCAAGCUCAUCACCUUCAGCAUGCUGAUCUUCUGUGCUGUGUGGAUUUCAUUCGUCCCUGCCUACAUCAGCUCUCCUGGGAAGUACGCAGACGCUGUGGAGAUAUUCGCCAUCUUAGCUUCCAGCUUUGGGUUACUGCUCUGCAUCUUCAUGCCAAAAUGUUACAUCAUCCUCCUGAGACCAGAGAGAAACACCAAGAAACACAUGAUGUCCAAAUAGAAACCACCAAGAAACACAUGAUGUCCAAUAAGAAACCACCAAGAAACAUGAUGUCCAAUAAGAA